GAAGAAGAAGAAGUCGACGCCAUUAUUCCCCAGAUCAAGAAGCCGAAACGGCAAAAAGCUGACGAUGCAUCGUACCCAUUUCCCGACAGUUUCCCAGUCCAGCGUUUCCUCGUCUCCUCUGAUUGCUUCGCUCACUUCGACUCUCGAACGAUAGUUCCAGGGGAGCGGUCGGGGUCGUUGGUCAACGCGGAGUCAGAUCUAGAUCUUUGACGAUUUGGGGAGGGGGGGUGCUCUUCUGAUCGUUGCGGCUCUUGAUCGUUCUUGGGUUUGCAGCAAUUUUCAGCUCCGGGAAUCUGGAGGGUACCCCUGUUUGUGAGCACACCCUUUGUUGAUUCGGAGUUGGGUUCUGCUUCUGUUUGUUCUUGUUCUGUCGAGCAUGGCAGAUCUGGGGAUGGGUCGUCGUAGUCUGGGAACGCGGGGUUCUUGAAAUAAUUCGACGUCGGGGAGCUGCGGAUCUUCUUGUUGUUGAGAGAGCAGGCGGGUUGGCAAGAAUUGGGAGGUGGGUUUUGGUUGUUCCGAUCGUUUAGGGGGUUGUAGCAUGGAUUUGGAUGACUUCAGGACGGUGUUGGAGAGUUCGGGUGUUGAUGUCUGGACGUUCAUCGACACGGCGAUAACGGUGGCUUCGUUGGACAGUUUCAAUGAGCUGAAGAGGAGGAGGGAUGGGAUUGUGGAGCGGUUAUAUGCGGCCACUUUGUCUUCGAAGUGUGGGAACUGUCAAACUGAUGGUGCGGCGGAUAGGCCUAAUGGGCACAUGAUCAGGAGUUCGGUGCAAGAAGAGAAGGCCAAGGGUCGGGAAGGGAAGGCGAAUUCGCCCUCCACGCCGCAAUCAGCGGACACGAACGACGAGUUGGACCCGUUCGGGGGUUUGUUCGAUGAUGAGCAGAAAAAGAUCCUCGAAAUUAAGAGGCAUCUUGAGGACCCUGAUCAGCAGUCUGAAGAUUCCCUGGUUGAGUUGCUUCAGAGUCUAGCAGAUAUGGACAUUACAUUCCAAGCUCUGGAGGAAACUGAUAUCGGAAGGCAUGUAAACCAGUUCCGGAAGCAUCCCUCAAAUGAUGUUCGGCGACUUGUGAAGCAUCUCAUUAGGAAAUGGAAAGCAAUUGUGGACGAAUGGGUAACUGUGAAUCAGCCUGGAGAAGUUGCCUCCUCCGCACUCUUGGGAGCUGAUGGAGACUCGCCCCAGCAGAAAGUUCCACAGAACGGUUACUCCAAGGUUCCUGAAUUUGGACACUCUCCAAAUCCGCAAAAUGGAAGUUCUGGCUCGGAGAGAAACUAUUCAGAGCCAGAAGCCAAGGCCAAGAUGGUAGUGCGCAAGGAAACUCCGUCUAAACCACACCCACCAGUUUCAGCAUCUGCUUCUGCACAAAAUAGGCAGAAGGAACAGAAGGAGAGCAGCUUUGAUGCUGAGAGGCUGGCUUCAGCUAGAAAAAGGCUUCAAGCAAAUUAUAAAGAAGCUGAAAAUGCUAAAAAGCAAAGAACGAUUCAAGUGAUGGACAUUCAUGAGAUACCAAAACCCAAGAAUGCCUUCUUUGGAAAGAACAAAGCUGGUGGUUCUCAGGGGAAGCACUGGUGAUAUGAAUGGCAGACAUCACAGAAACAACAAUACAAGCUGAGAGAAGCUUUUUGCUGGAACUGGGAAAUCCGAAACCCCUUUCUUCCUUAAAAAACUAUUUUUGGGCCCUAUAAAUGACAACAUUUUCCUCAUAUUUCUUCCCUAUUUGAGGACCGAAAAACCCGAAACUCUGAUUUAAGAAAGUAUAAUUUGCAGUUUGCACUGUGGCUUUCUUAUGAAGUUUGUCCUUAGCCAUCUGUGUAGGAGAUGGGGGUUUUCCUUGAAAAGUUUCAACUUUUCCCCACAAAUUUCUCAAACCUUUUGCCGUUGACGCUGGCCGUUCAAGAGGGUUCACUGUGUUCUGAGAUUGUUACUAGGCAAAGUUUCUUGGUAGGGUGACGGUCUUCUUCCAAUUUUUUCUCUGGAAAAAUACUCCAAGGUCUCGAGUCUGUUAAUCAGUUGUUUUAAUGCAAACAAGGUUUCUGCUCAAUUAUCUUUCGAUUGAAAAGGUAAAAAAAAAUCUCGUUUUGACUUUAGGACAAGCCAGUUGCUUGCCUUAGGUCCGGAAGAACUGCAUGAUGUCUGGGAAAGAAAGAACCCAGGAACUGUAAAACACUGUUAUAGCUCCAAUAUUACGCAACUUAUGAAGUUCCUAUUGUCUUCUUCCCUUAUAA